AUGCCCAUUCCGACGGAACAUUUCGGAGCCACGCGCAAGUGCGAUUCCUGCCCCAAGGAAGGAUGCACCGGUGGAAUCUGCACGUACACGGAGGCUCAAGGCGUGGAGAAUACCGACUUCCUGCUCUACAUUCGGUCGGCGAUCACAGACUACUGCGGAGCUCGCACACUCGCCUACGCUUCAUCCUGUCAGAAGGACCAGUACGACCGCCCCACCUUCGGGAUGGUCAACUUCUGCCCCUCGCAGAUCAGCACAGCGGCCGAAGACUACGACUCGCAAGUGGCGACGGCCAUGCACGAGAUCACCCACGCGCUUGGGUUCUCCGCGCAGUUCUUUCCUCUGAUGCGCUACCCCGAUGGCACCCCGAGGACCCCACGUGACGCUAAUGGACGACCGCCGACUUUCAAGACGGGGACGUGUCCGAAUGGCUCGCCCAUCGACUACUACGUCGAACCAAGUACGAACACAGUGCAGCACUCCACCGAGCGAGGCCACGUUGUGUCCAAGAUGGUCACCCCCAAAGUGGCUGCGUUCGUCAAGGCCCACUUCAACUGCAGCUCUCUGACUGGCGCUGAGAUCGAGCAGCAGGACGACUCGGGCUGUCUGGGAUCGCACUGGGAGGAACGCAUCUUCGAGCCCGAGUACAUGACCCCAGUGGACAGCCACCGCAACGUCUUCAGCGCACUGACGCUGGCGUUCUUCGAAGACUCGGGAUGGUAUCGUGCAAUCCCGUCAGCAGCUGAACGACUCCACUUUGGAGAGAACCGAGGGUGCGCCUUUGCCACUGAGAAGUGCAUCAACCCGGACACUGGGAAAUCUGUGGCGGCCGAUCACUUCUGCACGAGUGACAGCGCUGAAAGCUGCUCGGUGGACGCCGGAUCCCGCUCUGUUUGUACGAUAUCCACUGGCAAGUCGAUCCCUCGCGACUAUCGGUACUUCCCGGGUGCCCCCACGAAAGGAGGCGACGACUUCGCCGACUUCUGCCCCAUGAACGUCGGCUACACGUACGGAGACUGCAGCAACCCCGCCAACCUCGUCUUCCCGUCCAAAACCAAGAUCAACAUCCUCGGCGAAUUCUACUGCUCCAACUGCAAGUGCACAGCUACGACGCUGCGCAGUGACGACUCGACCAACUGGCUCGUCAACUCCAGACGCCAGACUGGAUGCUACGCGAUGCGGUGCAUCGCCCCCGCCGACGGCAGCAACGACCCCAGCAAGACUAUAAUCGAGUUCUCGAUCCCUCGCAGCAAGACGAAAGACGCGGUUGCGGUGAACUGCACUUCAAAGGGGGCUCAGCUGUCGGUCCCUGGGUUCUCCGGCCUCCUCACGUGUCCAGAUCCCUCCGUCAUUUGCGAUUCGGCCGAGAGCUUCACGUUUGCUGACGAUAUUACCACGUCGACCAACUUGCGCUCCUCAAGCGCAACACAUGCAGCAACAUCUUGGCUCACGAUGCUGCUGGGAUGGGCCUUUACCGCUUAUGCUCUGUGGCAAUGA